UCUCGAUACCUGAAUACCAGGUCACGCUUCACUGUCUGGUCGGUUCUUAGCCUAUUCAACUUUAUUUCGUGUAGCCCACUUAACAGGGUUACAUUUCGUUUACGACUCCCCUUACGUGUGAAUAUAACAAGACUAGCAUUUAAAACAGUAAAAAGAUUUUGAGGAUAUUUUCACCUGGCUGUUGGAUAUUUACCUGGACAUAUCUAAGGGAUGAAAGAUUGUGACUUUCGAUAUUAAUCGAUAGUAUCUAUAACUUAAGGUGAUAAAAUUAUAGAGACUAUAGAAUUAGACUCCGGAUUAAAGGCUUACUCGGAUUAAAGGAUUAACAAGAUGAAUAUCCUGACGUGUUUAACCGUGUGUGGUAUACUUUCAAUCCUCGCGACGUUACUUCAGAUAGCAUCGUAUGUAGCCCCCAUGUGGUUAUGGAUAUCGCGAGGUAACUUCUACAUGGGUAUAGGAUUGUGGUACACGGCAGGUUGUGGGGCUAACUGUUCUAUAACUUCAACCAGUGCUCCAAAAUUUUCAGUUGAAUCAAAUGCGUAUUAUAGUGCAUGGCAAUGGAAUGUACUACGUGGAUUUGAGUCAGCAUGUGUGAUUGGUGGAGUACUGUUAUGUAUAGCCCUCGUUAUUCUGAGAAUUGGUUGGGCCACGUGGGAUAAUGUCCGAAUGUUAAAAAUGGGUGUAAUACUGCUCUCGGUCAUAACUUGGAUCUGUGUGUUCGUUGGCGUAGCAAUAUUCGCUGGUUUCUACCAUGAGAUCAUUCGUGACAGCUCCGACCUAUUCGGCUCGGCCAGUUUUCCAUGGGCGUGGAUAAUGACUCUGAUUGCAGGCAUUAUAUUUGUGGUCGUUACAGUUUUAUUAAUUGUCUGCGGUAGAGAAAGGGAUCCCAUGGCUAAGAUACCUAUAUCUGGUGACCCCAAAAUGGCCUUGACCCCGACGAUGAUCAAUGCCAAUAACGGAAAGAAAUAUUUUGUACCCUCGCCAUACACCGACGAUCGACGCAGUGGAAAUGUGUCGGAAGAUAGCAUGGGCUUCAGAGAUGAUAAACCGCUACAUAAUGGUUACGGUAACAGAGCGUACGUCAGCGACGACUACAAUUACAAACCAUUCGGCUCCCGACCACGUUCUUACGCUGAACCUAACGCCCUUUCUUUUGCACCAAUCAAACGACCGUAUUCAUACGCCGAGCCAGCAACGGGCCCGUCUUUAUUUUCACGAGACCCUGACUCACGUGCUUACCAUGGCAACAACGACAGACGAGACAUUCCGCAGGAGAAACCAGCUUAUUCCCGCGAAUACGCCCGUGGUUCGAGGUUUCCCGAAGAGCGAUCUGAUCCCGUGUACUCUCAUUAUGUAGAAAGGUCACGCCCUCCAGCAGGUGCCCGUAGCGUGCUUCCACCAUUAAACUACCCACCGACAGACAAUAAAUAUACUGAUGAACUACGUUCAGGAUCUUCAACAUCAUACAUUUAUAGGCCGUAUGUACUACAGAAAUACUAGGCGCGACGGCUUACUUUCAGAUCGUACCAUCUUGAAAAAUACUAAACACAGUUUCUGAAGUCAGAUCGUAAAUUCUUGAAAAAAACAACUAAACAUGGCGUCUAAAGUCAAUUUGCACUCUCUAGAGAAAACAUAACCGAAACGUUUCGACCGUUUUACCAAAAGUACGACCCGUGCUAAAUUUACAAUUAAAAUAAACUGCGUAUCUAAAGGCGUUACUUUUUAUUCUAAAUAGUUGCAUCUUUUUUUCACUGUAUAUUUCGUGCAAUUUACGUUUAUUCAAGCAAUUAAUUUUUGAUAUAUAUUAACUUUUUGUAUAUUUAUUUAAAACCAAUUAUACCAAAUUAAUCAAAUGUAUUUAACGGGUUUUAGCUUAGACAUAUAGGGGACGUAACUCUUGUAUCUUGCGUCAACAACCGGAUUGUCUGAGCGUUGGUAUGAUCAUCAUCAUCAUCGCGUUAUUCUAUCGCCUUUUUAAGGAAAGGAAAAUCAAGUCUUAUUUUUUUAUGUUUUAAGAAAUGUUUUUACUCCAAUGUUUCUGGCAUUCUGUUUAGGGUCGUAGAAACUUUGUUAUUGUGUUAAUCUUGAUUUUAAAAGUUUAUCUUCGAUUAUUCAGCGCCAAAACUUAGACAAUCGAUUAUUUACUAUAACUGUAGUUUAACGUUGAUAAUAAUUUUUAAAUAACAUGUUUGUCAUUGUAUGUUCGUUUUAUACACUCACUAAUGGGUAAUAUUUUAAAAUGGCUAUCUCUUUGAAUCUCGACAGUCAUUCCCAGUGCUGCCGGGUAAUAUUAGGCUGUAUUGGAACAUGCUAUAUACACUCACUAAUGGGUAAUAUUUUAAAAUGGCUAUCUCUUUGAAUCUUGGCAGUCAUUCCCAGUGCUCCCGGGUAAUAUUGGGCUGUAUGGAACAUGCUAUAUACACUCACUAAUGGGUAAUAUUUUAAAAUGGCUAUCUCUUUGAAUCUUGGCAGUCAUUCCCAGUGCUACCGGGUAAUAUUGGGCUGUGUGGAACAUGCUAGAGUCGAUUUGUAUCAUAUCUGAUCCACGGUAUAUGUUUGACAUUGGUUGAGCAUUAUGAUUAUGAUCAUAAUGGUGAAAACUGCUAGAAACCGCGUGAUUUGUUGCCAUUUGCGAGGGGCGCAGAAACUCGAGGGGGGGGGGGGCGUAAAAACUCAAAAACAUGACACAAAGCUCGUCAUUGCGUCCCUCUCACUUAGCCCCUGAUGUAAAGAGAGGUCUAGUCUCGAUUAGUAUAGUAAUAUAAUAGCCAUUCCAUUCCAAGGCUAGAUAAUAUGGUAAACACCAAGGCCUAGUUAAUUUGUUUCAAUAGUCCACAGGUCACAAUUCUAUGGAAAGCAAUUACAGUGAAAUCCCUCUAUUAAGACCACACGUGUGCUGUUUAUUAUCAAGCAAAUGCUAAUGGACUGGGUUAAAGGCCAAAUGUAAAUGGACCGAGUUAAAGGCCAAAUAUUUAUCAUCAGGAUUCUAAUUGGGAAUACAAUAUUUGCUGGUAAAAAGUGUACCAAUUUAAAACUUAAUCGACAAGAAGUCGUUACGAAUAAUUGUAUAUACAACAAUAUUGAAUAUUAUUAAUAAUGAAUAUUUGUCAUGAUAUUUUUUAUACAAUGUAUAAUCUAUGUUUUUUGUAUCUUGUUAAUAAGGGAAAAUAAAAAAAAUAACUAACAUUA